CCACACCUCUGACCCCGCGGGGAUGGCCCUGCCACCGCUCCUGCUGCUCCUGCCCCUGCUGCCGCUGCUGGCGGACCCCGCGGCCGCGCGGGCGUCACUCGCGCACCAGAGGCCAGGCACCUGCAAGAUGAGUGAACUGUGCCUGCAGUCACCCGUCAGGAAGUCUGACGCGUCACUCGUCAACGUGACCCUCUACUACGAGGCUCUUUGUAACGGCUGCCGGUACUUCUUGGUCCGAGAGCUCUUCCCAACAUGGCUUUUCGUCAAAGAGAUCCUCAACGUCACCCUGGUGCCCUACGGAAACGCUCAGGAAAGGAAUGUCAGCGGCAGGUGGGAAUUCGAGUGCCAGCACGGGGAGCAGGAGUGCAGGCUCAACAAGGUGGAGGCCUGCCUGUUGGACAUGCUGGAGGCGGAGGUGGCCUUCCUGACCGUCGUCUGCGUGGAGGAGUUGGAUGACAUGGAGAAAAAUCUCAAACCAUGCCUAGAGCUCUACGCCCCAGAGGUGUCACCAGACGCCAUCAUGGAGUGUGCCACGGGGGAGCGCGGCACGGAGCUCAUGCACGCCAACGCCCAGCGGACGGACGCUCUGCAGCCGCCCCAUAAAUACGUGCCCUGGGUCACCGUCAAUGGGAAAGUCUUAGAAGACCCUAGCCAGCUCCUGGCCGUCGUCUGCCAGCUGUGGGAGGGCGAGAAGCCGGACGUCUGCAGACCCCUGGCCAGGUCGCGCAGGAAGGUCUGCUUCAAGUGACGCCGCUGGCCUGGGAGGCAGCUGCUGCAGGAAGAGCGAGGGCCCAGCUGCUGCUCUUCUGUGACCCCAGCCCUCAGCAGCCACCGCGCGCCGCCCGGGUAACUUCGUGCAUCUCAGGAGGCCCAGGUGGAAAAUGCUGCCCCGGGAUUGAGAAUCCUGCCUCACUGAGAAUAGUAUUAAA